GGUUUGGCGGUAAAACUUCACUGUGGUCAACCAAACCAAAACAUUGCACAGCUGAUUGACGGAAAAUGAUAAACUUCCGUGUUUCUCGAAAAGUCCUGGGCAGUUUCUACACUGUCUCGAGGCAUAUGAGUGUCCUAGCCACAAGAUUAGUCUAUUCCGAAUUUGGUGAACCAGCAGAUGUGGUAAAAAGUGUGCAAGAAAAAUUGGAUUCCCCCAAAGGUCAUGAAGUGACUGUGAAGAUUCUAGCAGCUCCAAUAAAUCCAGCUGAUAUCAACACAAUUCAAGGAAAAUAUCCUGUAAAGCCACCACUUCCGGCUGUCGGAGGGAAUGAAUGUGUUGGUGAGAUUAUCGAAUUGGGAUCAAAUGUCAAGGACUUUUCUGUUGGAGAUCGGGUCAUUCCAUUUAAAACUGGCAUUGGAACGUGGUGUUCUCAUGCCAACUACUCCACCGAUGCACUUUUACGAGUUCCCAAUGAUCUGGGAAUUGCAGAAGCCUGUACAUUGACUGUAAAUCCUACGACAGCUUAUCGGAUGUUGAAGGACUUUGUGCUGCUAAAACCGGGAGACACGGUGCUUCAAAAUGGAGCUAAUAGUGCUGUGGGGCAAGCUGUAUUUCAGAUGUGCAAGAAAUGGGGCUUCAAGAGCGUGGGAAUUGUGAGGAAUCGUCCAGAAAUCGACGAUCUCAGAGCCUUCCUCAAGGAUCUUGGAGCUGAUUGGGUGAUCACUGAAGAAGAAGUUAGAACGACGGAUCUCUUCAAGUCUGGCCAGGCCAAAAAACCCAAGCUAGCUCUGAACUGUGUUGGUGGGAAGAGUGCUCUGGAAAUGCUAAGGCACGUAGCCGAUGGAGGAGUUGUUGUAACGUACGGAGGGAUGUCCAGAGAACCUGUAACUGUUCCCACGGGCCAUUUAAUCUUCAAGGACAUCUCCUUCAGAGGUUUCUGGAUGACUAGAUGGACCAGGGAGAAUAUUGAGAGCCCUCAGCGUGCAGAAAUGUUCAAUGAUCUUGUGAAAUUCAUCCAGGAAGGUGCCUUGCAAGGACCUCGGGCAAAAAUUGUCCCCGUGAGAGACUUCCGAGACGCCCUAGCGAAUGCUAUGGCUUUCCAGGGAUUUAUUGGACAGAAAUUCAUCCUAGACUUUACCCAAUUGUAGCAAGAAAAGUGAUAAAAAAUUUAAUAAAGAUGAGAUUUUACUUCAA